CGGCGGUACCGCUUGCCAUGGGAGAAGGAUGAGAGAUAUCCUCUCAUUGACCGGUGCUUCCAGGAUGCCAGAGGCAAUAGCAUGGACCCGAAGGCGUUUGCUAAGUUAUCCAAACAACUGGCCAAAGACAAUAAGAAGAAAGACGAAGGGCCCCCGGCUCUGCAGCACGUGGAUGCCUUCGUCAAGAAGGAUAAGACCCCUGGGGGCGAGGGUCAAGAGAAGGUAGGGCCUUCCAAGGAGGCUGCUGCUGCUGAUACCGGUAAAGACACCGGAGGCUCCCAGGCGGGAGAACUAAAGAGAAAAAAUGCCGGGAAGGGCAUCAAGCCUCCGGAAAAGAAGAAAUUGAAGGGGGAUGCUGGCCAGAAAGCUUCCCCUGUAGUGAUUGUCGAUGAGUCCUCCCCGGUGAAGCCCGCAAACUCCAUCCCCCUGGAGGAUCUUGGUGAUGGUGCCUGGCCCCUGGAGACUAUACAUUUCCCCAUCAAGAAGG